UUCAAAAUUUAUUGUAAAUUUUAAUAUUGUUAAGUCAACAAUCAAUAGAUACUACACAUAGUUAAGACACAUGCUCCAUCUAGAAGUAAAUAGCAUAAAUUCUCAGUGAAUUGGACCAGCCCAUCAACGAAAUUCCAAAUUGUAUUGUAUAGCUCAGAGAGUUGUAAUGAUGAAAGCUCGCCUGCAGAAGUCAAAGAAGAGUAGUAACAUAAGCCAUCCAAGCAACUGUUGCAUCGAUAUCAACAGAGAUGCGUCUAUCAACAGCAGCAGCGCCAGCAGCAAAUCGAAGCUGCCGUUACAGAUAUUUGGAUUGGUCUCAAAGGAUCGUCCGUGGCCGCGCAAGGAGCGCAAUUGUGUAUUCUAUAGCACGGACUGCGACAAGACGGCGUUGAUCAACAACUUCCAGAAACGUGGCUGGCAAAAGGUGCCUGCAUUCGAUGGUGAAUGGAAUCUGUAUUGGGCCUGCUCACAGAAUUGUCGCUACAUCUUUGGCGUCGAUCAUCCAUAUCGCAUGCGUUCGGAUCAAAUGAUCAAUCAUUUUCCAAAUUCAAUGGAGCUAUCGCGUAAGGAUCUGUUGGUGAAGAACAUAAAGCGCUAUCGCAAGGAUCUGGAGCGCAAAGGCGAUGCAUUGGCCGAAACGAUGCCCAUGCACACGAAAUUGGGAGUUGGCGGCACUCGGUAUAUGCAUUUGGAUAUAAUACCCAUGACAUUUGUGCUGCCCUCCGAUUACAAUUUGUUUGUGGAGCAAUUCCACAAGAAUCCGGCAAGCACAUGGAUCGUCAAGCCAUCGGAUAAGUCACAAGGCAUUGGCAUCUAUUUGAUCAACAAACUGUCGAAGCUUAAGAGAUUUGCAUACGAGGCUCGCACCUUUUAUCCACACUUCCAUCGCGAUACCUGUGUCAUCUCCAAGUAUAUCGAUAAUCCCCUGCUCAUUGGUGGCAAGAAAUUCGAUCUACGACUUUAUGUUCUCGUCACUACAUUCAAUCCGAUCAAGGCGUAUCUGUACAACGAGGGAUUCUGUCGCUUCUGUACCCAGAGAUACGAUCAAACCGAAAUCGAUAAUGUGUUCAUGCAUCUCACCAAUGUGAGCAUACAGAAGAAUAACAAAGAAUAUAAUACCAUACACGGUGGCAAGUGGUCGAUGCAGAAUCUCUGUCUCUAUUUGGACAGCAUACGAGGCGAAGGAGUUUGGGAGAAACUUUAUCGUCGCAUCAAGGAGACGAUACGUCACUCCUUGGAUGCUGUGGCUCCUGUGAUGGCCAAUGAUCGGCAUUGCUUUGAGGUCUAUGGCUAUGACAUUAUUAUCGACAACAAUUUGAAGCCUUGGCUCAUCGAGAUCAACACUUCGCCAUCGAUACAAUCGACGACAAAAAACGAUUGCACACUGAAAACGCGACUCAUUGACAAUGUCCUCGAUGUCGUUAUACCGCCCAGUGGAAUGCCAGACGAACGCUGGUCCAAAACACCCAGCAAGGAGUCCUUGAAGAAUUUCACUCUUCUGACACCUGUUGUGCUGCCCAAGCCACGAGCCAAAAUGCCGACAACAGUUGACACUUUACCAACAACGAAGAAGUCAAUGUGCCAUCAAAGGAAGGCCAAGAGUCUGAUGAAGUGUUUAGUGGGCGCCUCAAUGCCAACGCCGAUGUUAACAAAGAAGAUGGCCAAGAAAUCAAAAACGUUAGCAAAACGCUGUACUACAAAUGUCUCGUUAUCGAAACGCAUGUCGAAAUAAAACAGAACUUAACAGAUUAA